CAUUAACGACGUCUGAAACUAUCGUAAACAAAUGAUCCCCAUGAUUCGCAUUUUUACGACGCAAAAUCAUCCGAUCAAUGGGGCGAGUUGUAUCACGAUUUCGUUACUGGCUUUUUGGUCCUAAACUUUGUCGUGUUUUAAUGCUAGGUCUACCGAAUUCUGGAAAAUCAACGAUUUUGCGUAGACUGAAGAAUGGUGACAUUGACAAUGAUAUAGAAGAACCCACAGGAUUCAAUGUGGAAACGGUAAAGUACCGUGAUGUUGCAUUCACGAUAUGGGACAUGGGUGGAGAUCAUAAAGUUCGAAACAUCUGGAAACACUAUUAUUCUAGUGUUAAGUUGACGAUCUUUGUCGUAGACAGCUCGGAUAUCAAGGGAUUACGAGAAGCAAUGCAAGAAUUAUCCGAUCUUCUGCAGGUGCCCGAUUUGAAAGGCAUCUCUUUACUAAUCUUGGCCAACAAGCAAGAUUUGAUUGGUUCUUUGAACGCAGACGAGAUUGCACAGGAAUUGAAACUCCGUAACAUAAAGGACAGAGAGUGGCGCCUGCAAUUAACCAGUGGGCUCUAUGGCGAAGGACUGAAGCGUACUUUGGAGUGGAUGUACGCGAGAAUCAAAGGAUGAAGCAUUAAUCAAAUUUACACUCUUUCAUUCUACGGGUUGUUGUACUGCUUUAAUUACUCAAGAAGCACUUGUGAUGUAUGCUAAAGGCUACUGCGUGACGAAGGCGCAGAAGCGGUAUAAGCUGAGCGGGCGCGAACUUGGGCGCGCGUAUUUUCACCGUUGUAAAUUCUGCGCCUCAUGCGCUCUGCGGCUAAAGAAGCCGCGCACCCAAAGAUAACCAUUGAUUCAUCAGGC